UUGUUAUCUUACUAUUGAGGUGAUGUCGCGUCGACGGUCAUUCCAAUCGGAACGGUAUACCAUACAGGUAGCAGUCUAGAUACAGUCAACUUAAAGCAAGGCACUAAGAAGAGUACCAACUGAAGGAAAUGUUUCAAGCGAACCCACUUGUCGCUUACAGCUGCAUACGGUUCAUAUUUCGACCAUUGACUGCUCCUGCAUUGCCCUGGACACACUUGAUAUUUUCUUAUCUGGCAUGUAGGUGCCCAAUCGAAUGUGAUAGAAAAAAAAAAAAAAAAAAUAACUGGCGACAAUAUGCUAACUGGCCGAAGAUUCGGACUUGUUCAAAACUGUCUAGCGCUCGCCACUUGACCCACUUCAGCCCCGUCGAGCAAGAACUGCUGCAAUACCCACAGUCAUGGCUCGAGCUACUACAUGCUAAGCAUGUUUCAAGCUCCUGUAUACGCGUCUUCAGGGCGCAGCACCAAUCGGAACGCCGGGCCGACCAAUACUAGCACUAUUGGGCUUGGUCAAUGUGCACCGAAUUUAAGCUAGGAGGCGUUUGCUUGAACA